ACUUUGUGACAGUUGCUGGAGGGUAAGUAGGGCACUGGGCAAAAGCAGGUUUCGGUACAUUUCCCUUCUCACAUCGAGGCAGGUGAAGUUUUACACGGAUCUGGCGGAUGCGUGGUGUGUCAGUGAAAUAUCUUCAAGCCACUGUUUGAUUUCAAAGAAGUGUAACCAUUGGUCCUCGAGAGCCAAGAUGAACCCAGUUUUAGGGUUCAUAUUGUGUUCCUUCUUAAGUGUCACCCUCCUGUUUCAUGUUCAAAGUACAUGGCUUUUCCAUUACUACAUCAACAAGUUCAUGGUCGCGGCUCCCCCUGACAAUGCGGAAUACGAUUUCAUCGUGGUGGGUUCUGGAUCUUCGGGAUCUGUUGUGGCCGGUCGACUAGCCGAGGCCGGUCAUCAUGUCCUUCUUUUGGAGGCUGGAGGUCCUUCUCAUUGGAUGCAAGGCAUUCCCGUUUUUGCCUGCCUCUUCAGCCAAUCUUGGUAUAAUUGGGACUACAACACUCAACCUAAUCCGAAUGCUGGUCGCAGUGUCAGGGAUGGCAAUAUCAAAUGGCCCCGAGGGAAGAACCUGGGCGGGUCAUCCAUGUUAAACUGGAUGCUCUACGUCAGGGGCAACCCCAAGGACUACGACGAGUGGGAAGCCAUGGGCAACCCUGGUUGGAGUUACAAGGAUGUGUUGCCGUACUUUAAGAAGUCCGAAAGGUUCUUCGGAGAAGUGGCCGAGAAGGACACCCAUCACGGGAUGAAGGGCCCCAUGUCCGUGAUGAAAGUACCUCACACCUAUAAAUCUGACGAGAUGAUUAAAGACGGAUUGAUUGAAUUGGGCUAUGAGUUUGGCGAUCCUAAUGGCGCGGGCGGAGGUGAAGGCUUCUUUGAUCGCUCACAUAUCACCGUUAAAGACGGUUGGAGGCUUGGCACCUAUCGGACUUUUGUGGAACCUUUACUUGGUCGGGCGAAAAUUGAUGUCCUCACGUACGCACAAGUGAACAAGGUUCUGCUAAAGGAUUUUAACAAGAAAGCGGCCGGAGUGCGUGUCAAGCGGUUCGGCAAGACUUUCAAGUACUAUGCUAAAAAAGAAGUGAUUUUGAGUGCGGGCGCCGUGGGUUCGCCACAGAUCUUAUUGCUCUCUGGAUUCGGGCCCCGGCAAGAACUGGUGGAUUUGGAAAUACCAGUGAAUUAUAAUUUCAAUGGGAUUGGACGAAAUUUACAAGACCAUUCUGGAGUGAUUCUUCCAUUCUACACUGAAACUCAAAGUGGAGUGUCAUUAAACUCAAUCUCAUUGGCAAACCCAUUGAACUUUCUCGAGUUCUUCCUCAACGGUACUGGCCCUUUGUCAUCUACUGGCCUGAAUAAUCACGGAUUUUUUCAUUCGCCCAUCAACCCUGAUCCCUCUCGACCUGAUCUUCAAAUGCAUUUACUCAGUUUUGGUUCCAACGUAGAUUAUGGUGGAACUUUUUAUGAAUUCGUCAACUUUAGAGAGGAAGAACAUAACCGUAUGCACAGCAAGGUUGACACGAGCAAGGCUGAGGGUGUAUUACUUGUGCCCACCCUUUUGAGGCCUAAGAGUCAUGGCCUACUUCGGCUGAGGAGUCCUCACGUAGAGGAUCAACCUUUGAUCAUUCCGAAUUAUCUCGCCGACGCACAAGACGUUCAAACUCUAGUGGAAGGUGUCAAGAUGGCCUACGCUUUAGUCUCGACGAAAGCCAUGAAAGAUGCUGGCUUCAAGCACUUGGAACCAUCCAGUUUCCCCUGUGCAGGUCAUGAACCUCUCUCCGAUACGUUUUUCGGCUGCAUUGUUCGUGCCAACUUGGGGACAAUUUUCCAUCCAGCUGGCACUUGCAAAAUGGGUCCAGAGUCGGAUCCGGAAUCCGUGGUGAAUCAUGAGUUGAAAUUGAAAGGCAUUUCCAACCUCAGAGUGAUCGAUGCUUCCAUCAUGCCUAAGCUUGUGGGUGGAAACACAAAUGCUCCUUGUAUCAUGAUUGGAGAGAAAGGGGCUGAUAUGAUCAUCAAACAAUGGAGGGGAACCCAGACUCAAAAGGAUCCAACCCCCAAGACCAAGGAUGAAUUAUAAAUCCACGGCAAGACUGAUGCGUCCAUCUUGAGUUUUAUUACAUCAAACAUGCGAUCAAUUACAGACUUGUGUUCCAUUGUGAUUCAUUGUGAUAUGUAUGAUAUUGGAUUAAAUUACAGUUGCUCAAAAA